ACGCUGCUGUUUGGCGGCCAUUUCUCUUGAAGCUUAGCGACUCCAGGUCUAAGGUAGCGGCGCCAUUCACGAGGGACGGACGACAGCGGAGUCGGCGGCGAGUGGCCUGCAGCAUUCGCUGGUAGUCGUGAUGAGUUUACCCCUCAAUCCCAAACCUUUCCUGAAUGGAUUAACAGGAAAGCCUGUGAUGGUGAAACUCAAAUGGGGAAUGGAGUACAAGGGCUACCUGGUAUCUGUAGAUGGCUAUAUGAACAUGCAGCUUGCAAAUACAGAAGAAUACAUAGAUGGGGCAUUGUCUGGACACCUGGGUGAAGUUUUAAUAAGGUGUAAUAAUGUCCUUUAUAUCAGAGGUGUUGAAGAAGAGGAGGAAGACGGGGAAAUGAGAGAAUAGCAUCUUGUGUGGUUUUUUUUUUUUUUUUUAAUAUAUGUAUAUUUCUAGACAAUAAAGAUUUCUUUGUUUUUCAUCUUGACU